AUGGGUGUUAUGUAUGAAGAGAUAAGAAGAAACCAAGAAAUAGAUUCAAAACAACACUAUCACCAACAAAACAAUUCAUUGUUUACAAACCUAAUUGACAACAACAAUAAUCAUCAUAGCUAUAUCAACAAUGAAGAAUGUUUUGCAACUGAAAACUAUCAUCCAUCCACAAGUUCAGAAAUGGAUACUAUGUUAUCAAAGCUGAUAUCAUCCAACAAUGGAUGGAGCAAUUGUGAAGAACAAUUGCAAGAGUUUGAUGUGAAGCCUGUGAAGAAAGAAAUAGGUGAAUCUGUUGGAGAGCAUGGUGAUUACUCUUAUGGAGGAUCUGAGUUGACUUAUCAAGGCUUUUCAAGUGGCUCUGGAAAUGGCUUUUAUGGAUCUUUUGGUGGAGGAAACAUUAUUAGGGAUUCUGAGAAUUGUGCUAUAUCUAAAAUGGGUGUGAGGAAUUGCAACAAUCUUGUUAGGCAAAAGAGUUCUCCUGCCGGUUUUUUCGAUAGUGAAAAUGGUCUUACAUCAUUGAGAGAAGACUCAAAUGGACAAGAAACUAUACAUGGUACACUUAACUUCUCAUCUAUGCCAUCUACAUGCUUGAAAAGACUGCCACAAAUAGAUGAAAAUGGAAUCCAAAUCAUAGAAGCAAAUGGUGACUCCAAAUCUCAUCAUAUGCCUAGCUUCACAAAUGAAUUUUGGGACAAUUCAUCAUUCAAUGCUGAAAAAACAGAAACUGAAGAUGAAAUCAUGUUUUCAACUUCAACUGGUUUGGAAUCUCAUGAAGAGAAGUUUCUUCAAAUUCAAGAUUCCGUUCCUUGUAAAAUUCGAGCGAAAAGAGGGUUUGCAACUCAUCCAAGAAGCAUUGCUGAAAGGGUUAGAAGAACGCGAAUUAGUGAUAGAAUCAAGAAACUGCAAGGUCUUUUCCCGAAAUCAGAUAAGCAAACAAGUACAGCAGAUAUGUUAGAUUUGGCAGUUGAGUACAUCAAAGACUUGCAAGAACAGGUUCAGUUACUCACAGAUUGUAAAGAAAAAUGCAAAUGUACAAGUCAUGAGAAGCAACACUCUAGAAAUUGUAGCUGA